UCCAUCCAUCCAGCCAAAGACAACCCAACCCAGGCCUAUUAUCUCAUUAGGCUGUGAGUUAUUUUAAAUGGCCCCGCUCUUGUAAGUGGCCGCCACAGUAAGAGGUUUAGCUGCCCAGGUAUCCUGUUCCCAACCUAUUUGCCGCAGUCACUCAGUUGAGCUCAGGUCCUCUGUCAUGGUGCACCUGGUCAGGAGCGAGACGCGCCGCUACACACUCUACCGGGACUAGCAGCCGCUCUUCAGGAGCUUCACCUCCACACAGACACACACACACCCUCUGGACCCUCUUGUUCCCGGGUGUAUUCUGACGUUUUGCUUUUCGUUUCGCCAUCAUGGGGAACAACCACACCACCCUGGAUGAUAUCCUUGCGGAGGACAUGCACCACUGGUACAACAAGUUCAUGAAGGAGUCUCCGUCGGGACUCAUCACCCUCUUCGAGCUCAAGGCCAUCCUGGACCUGCAGGGCAUGAACGAGGACGCCAGCAGCUACGUGGACCAAGUCUUCUUCACCUUCGACAUGGACGGGGACGGCUACAUAGACUUUGUGGAGUACAUUGCUGCUGUCAGCUUGAUGCUAAAGGGCGAGAUCAAUCAGAAGCUGAAGUGGUACUUCAAACUUUUUGACCAAGACGGCAACGGAAAAAUUGACAAAGAAGAAUUGGAGACAAUAUUUACUGCCAUUCAAGAUAUCACCCGAAACCGUGAUGUUAUUCCUGAGGAGAUAGUGGCCCUUAUAUAUGAAAAGAUAGACGUCAACGGAGAAGGUGAACUGACACUCGAGGAGUUUAUUGAGGGAGCGCGGCUCCACCCCGACAUCAUGGAGAUGCUGAAAAACCUGAUGGACCUCACGCCAGUGCUACUCAUCAUCGUGGAGGGACGCAAGCAGAAGAAGCUCAACAACUAAACACCUUUUGUCCCUUCAAUAAACACUAGAUUUUUUUUCUUUCCAGUAACACCAACCCAAAGCCAGACAUUGAAUGACAAUGAAAAAAAUGAGCUGAGGAUGAGCUGUGAAUGCGUGGCUGCCGGCUAUGGAACUGUACAUGCAUGCAACGUAUGCAUAGAAGAGAUACGAAACUCAAAAUGAGCCUAUUUCAUCACGACACCCUCGUCAUGUAAACAACAUUAGAUCUAGCCCCAGGAUUGAACAGAAGAAGCCACUGAUUUUUUGUUCCAUGUGUCCUUGACUGCACCACGAUUGCUCCUUACAAGAUCUCCACGAACCCCCUACACAUCAUCUUGGAGGUCUCAUGGAGGUUGCAUGGUAUGCGCAUGGAAGGGGUAAUUAAAAAGAAAAAAAAGAAGUGGUUCCAACAGUAGGACCUCUCCUCUCGUCCCUUGAAGAAAGGAUAUGCUUGAAUGUGAACUAGGACGUUGGAGGAAGGAGUGCCUCUUGGCUGGACGGCCUCAGAGGCUCAUUGCUGAUCCCAUAAAUGAAGCGUACAAGUCACAGUAAAGGGUUGAAAAGGACAGCCUAUCAGGACAAGGAGAGGAGAGGACACUUGGGCCGAGCAAGGUGGAGCUUUUUCAGGAAGGGCUCAGCUCCUCGGAAGGAACAUUGACUCGAGCGUCCCGAUGACGCAGGGAUUGACAUUUACCUGCAAGGUGAUUACAUAACCCAUUGUGGCAUGUGAAUGUACUUGAACAUAGCAUCUUGCAUUCACCAUCCAGAACGCAAUUAGCUUGAUUUGUUCAGCAAAAUAACAUUACUUCACUAUAGUUUUGGUAUACUUUGUAUGGCAUAUAUUUGAAUUCUACACACUAUAAUAGUUGCAGUUCUGAUAUGCACACAGUCCUAUAUCUCUUGAGCAUAGGAAAUUUAGACUUAUUGCCUUGAAGGUCCCGUUUCCUAAAACCGAUAGUGCUGAUGGGCACCUGAUAACCCACUCACAAAGUGACUCAGUGAAGAGAGCAGUUAGGUGCACUUUAGUGUGAAGCUUGAA